AUGGUCUUGGAGACAGAUGUGGUCACCACUACAGGACCCAAACUGGUCGAACUGCGGCGACAACCAGUGAAGACCUUGGGUUUUGGAGAGGCUUUGGUGGCCGUGAAAGCUGUGGGGGUUUGCGCCACGGAUGUGGAACUCUUUGAUGGAACCAUGGGUUACUACCACAGCGGACUUUCCACCGUCCCAUUGGUGCCAGGUCACGAAUGGGCCGGUGAGAUCCUGAAGUUGGGCCCCGCGGCGCCAUCGCAUUUGCAUGUGGGCCAGCGUGUAAUUGGAGAACAUUGCACAGGAUGCUAUCCUCAGACUUCAGCUGAAACUCAGACCACCAGGUGCAAGAUUUGUUGCCAGCCUGGUGGUUUGCUACGUUGUCCUCAACGAAAGGAGACGGGCUUCUUUGGCCGAGAAGGUGCUUUCCAAACAGUGAUGCGUUUCCCCGCCUGGCAACUGCAUGUGCUGCCACCUGGCACCCCAUGGGAACUAGCUGUACUUGCAGAGCCUUUGGCAACUGCCUGCAAAGCAGUGCGCCUUGCCAACCUCAACAAAAACCCGGAGCCAAAGAACGGCAUCCAGCCCUGGGUGGUCGUUGUGGGCGAUGGCGCUGUAGGUUUGUUGCUGCUGCAAGUGCUCCGAGUGCGCGAAAGAGUGCCUCGGGUGUGCUUGGUGGGUGCGCAGCCCACCAGGUUGAAGCAAGCCGAAGCACUUGGAGCAGAGCUGGCGGGGAGGGAUGGAUUUCGCUACGGGGGCUGGAAGUGCUUCCUCCGGCAGUUCAUGAUGCCGUGCCCAGCCUGGAACGUCCGUGAGUCGCCCUCGGAUCUCCAUGCAGCGCUGGCAGAUGCUCCGCCGUCGCUGGUGCUGGAGGCAGCAGGCACCCCCGAGGCGGUGAAGCUGGCGGUGUCGCUGGUGGCGCCAGGGGGCACUGUGAUCCUGCUGGGGCUGUCCGGCAACAAACUCGCGGAACUCUGCACCGAUGACGUUGUCCUCCGGCAGCUGACGUUGAGGGGUUCAUUGUCGUCAGAGCCGGAAGAUUGGCAGGCGGUCCAGGAAAUCUUGGCGGCUGGGAAGUUGAGCAGUGUCGUGACCCACGCCUUCGAAGGCUUGGAGAAGUACCAGGAGGCCAUCGAGAAUGUGCGUCAGCCACCUGAUGGGAUGAUCAAGGUCAUCGUGACACCCAAAGAGAUCCGACACCGCAAAAGACAGCGGGAGGAAACUUGCGAGAUGUUCCGCAUCUUCAUCACAGCUUUGCUGCUCUUUGUGGCCCAGUCCGACUCUUCCCAGGAGUUUUUGCCUGCUGCCCCAAAAGUGGAAAGUGAUGCGACGGGCAAGCCGGAGGUCGGCAGCGAGGGCGGCGUGACGGUAGCGGAGACCAAGGAGAUCGAGUUUGAUGCUGCCUCCAACCCAUACAUCGCCACCAGCACCACUGCAGAGUGUUUGGCCCUGAUCUUCAUGAUUGUGGCCUGUGUCAUUUGCUACUUAGAGUGCUGCAAGUUGCUUGGCCAUGGCAUGAAAAUGGUCAGUGUGAGGACCCAAUCCUUAUGUAAGAUAGUCUUCAGGCUCUGA